CCGACCCGGUUGUGUCCGGGUAAGAUGGCGUUGGAAGAGCAGUGCUCGGCACCAGCUCAAUGGCGGUCAAUAUCUGUGACUCACGUAGAGUUUUCCGACGAUGAUCUGACAGGGGAAAUGCUGGCCUACAUCAGUCUCCUCCCUAUAGCCAUUCUCGUGGGGUUUGUUACACUCAUAGUGUUUAAACGGGAACUACACACGAUCUCAUUCUUUGCUGGUGUGCUCCUGAAUGAAGGGGUGAACUGGCUUCUGAAGAACAUUGUUAGAGAGCCUCGCCCAUGUGCAGGGAUUCACUCAGUGCACACAGAUUAUGGGAUGCCCUCCAAUCAUUCCCAGCUCAUCUGGUUCUUUGUUGUUUACUUCUUCCUUUUCCUUUAUUUAAGAAUGCAUCAAACGAACAAUGCACGAUGUGUGGAUCUGCUGUGGAGACACAUACUGUCCAUCGUCCUUUUGGGGUUGGCCAUAUCAGUCUCAUACAGCAGGGUCUACCUGUUGUAUCACACCUGGGGGCAGGUUUUGUAUGGCGGAGUAGCUGGUAGUACGUUUGGAAUUAUCUGGUUCUUUAUCACGCAAGAGUUGCUAACGCCGCUCUUCCCUAAAAUAGCAGCAUGGCCAGUAUCCGAGUACUUUCUGGUACGAGACACAAGCUUGAUCCCCAACAUCUUAUGGUUCGAGUACACAGUGACCAGGUCAGAGGCCAGGAACAGACAACGAAAGCUUGGAACAAAAGUUCAGUGAUGGCGCAGGGCUGUUUUUGUGAAACUGACCUUGGGACUACACACUCUUUUCAUGUGCACACACAAGCAAAACGCUCACAAGGAAAAACACACUGGAGAGCCGUCAAUUCGACUGACGUGGUUGGUGGGAUUAAGGGGCCGAAACCAUCAGCAGAUGGCGAAAGAGUGCCUGGACCUGGCCCGGAGCCUAUAUCCUGUGCGAGUCCGUCCACACGCCUCUCCUUCUUGUACAGCUUGCCCCAAUGUUCCCCCCAGUGCAUGCAAGACUGUGCAAGAGGCAUUCUAUUUAAUUAUAGAUUAAUAUAUAUUUGCAGUAUAAACGCACGCUGACAUUAACAGUGUACUGUAAGAGAUUACAAUAAGCCACACGGGAGUCUUUGGUCACGUUUCAGAAAAAGCAGGUGAGCGCCAUUACAGCAUGUGUUUUGGGGGGAGAGGGUAAACAGUUGGUGGGGACAGGGUUGGUUGCAGCUGGGAUGAGGAUAUGUUAACUUUUUCAUUGUUAUCUUAAUACAAAAUGCAGUUUCAGAAAUGGGUUUUGAUGUAAUAUAAUGAAAAUUUGCACUUUGUGACAUUUACAAGUUAAAGACUACUAACCCUAGUUAAAUGUUAGGCUCCUCCUCCCUUUCCCUCAUCUGUCUUUGCUUUGUGUCUCAGUUUGAAUAUAUUAGAUUCCAAAGCUGAUGUGCAAGCUGUGUAAAUUUAACAUAUCUUGUGUUUAAAAAAAAAAAAAAAAAAUGAACAUCAAGUUUGUGGUUUCUAUCAUAUCCAUGUUUCAGGAUAACAAGACUGAAGCACCGCAGCAGCAGCGCUCAGUUGUUUUCGUUGUCCUCAUUGUAGACGGGCAUGGUGUUUUUUUUUUUUUGUUUUUUUUUCUUUCUUUUUUUCUUAAUGCCUCAAAUACAGUAGCAGCCUAGGAACACAAUUCUGGGGAUCAGACCUUUACUUUUUGCUGUUGCACUUUUUUUUUUUAAUUUUAAAUCAUGGAUUUAAAGAUGUUAUAAUAGUUAGUGAGAAGACGUGCUAUGACCUGGGGGGUUUCUUUAGAGUUUGUAAGGACAGAAAAGCCUCAUAUCAGUGGUAGCAUGUGAUUCUGCUUAAUUCCUCACAGCAGCUACUGCUGAAAGCUGUUUGGUGGGAAUCUGAAGCUGACUUAAAUGUCUUAGCAUUCCAUAAAGGGAAGGAUUUUUUUCCCCCCUCUUUUUCCAUGUGUAACCAAUAUCAGGCGGAAUUAAAAAAAUGUUUAUGUA